GAAGAUUUGACUGUCUUUAGACGAACUCUCAGGUACCUUUCACUUUGGUGCCCUACUUCAGCCUGCUUAGUGGAAAGAUAUCUUUACCCAGUGCUAAUACACGCUCUACUGACGCUAAUAAUCGUAUCCGAUUUUAACUCGAUCGCAAACGGGGCAUGGAAGUCAAUAGAUAUUUAUGUUUUCUUGGCCAUCGAUUUCGGAAUGUACUUGAGUCAUUUGUUUGGUGUAUUCUACUUCCGGUCACGGGAUCUCGAAAAUAACCUGCUCAAUGUUAGAUUACAAGUCACCCAAAUGGAAGAAUUCAGAGCGACUUUAAAACGAUUCAAAAUAGGAAUAAUUUUAUCCUAUUUCUUUUUGGUCGUGCUAGUAUUGUUGUUCUUCAACACGGAAGUUUGGAUGCACGGACGCCUUCAGUGUAACUCUUCAUUUAAAUUCAUGAAGGGUUUCGUGAAUCACUUUGUUUGUUUUCUAAACUAUCCGACUAAUAUCUACGGUGUUGGCAACUCUUUGGCUUUAUCAUGGACCAUGUACCUUCUCCACCAGGUUUGUUCUGUUCGUCUACAACAGUUAUUGUUGAAAUACUUGCGAUGGACCGAAAGUGCUGAAGAUGCUGUCUAUGACCAUCUAACCAACUACUCAAGAAAGGUCAAAUCUUCCUGUUCACAUUUGACAAAAUGGUUUGUUACCCAUAACAUUAUUUUGAUAAUUGCUACACCGUUCCUUUGUAUCGACAUAAUUAAGGCAUUUCAAGGAAUAAAGACGAGCAACGCCGUUCACACUGGUUUGUUCUUGGGAUUUCUCUUGUAUACAGCUGUCAUCUGGGUAGCACCACUCUACUUUGCCGAGCAAAUGCAAAACCAAGACCAAGAAUUCUGCUCCAGGGUGAACGAGUUCUGUCCACGAACGUUUGCAGAGCUAGAAUCGGAGCUGUCUUCUGCAUCCGUUCAUUUUCCAAACACAAACCAAGAUUGUUAUAUUUUUCGCUCGAGAAAUGAAGUCAAUAAGUUAUUAAGCUACUUAAAGAACAGAAGGUCUGGAUUUCUGAUGGGCAGUUACAGCUUUCAACUUAAGCUGUCAAUGGUUUCUGUCUUUUUGGCGAUGAUUUCUUUUGCGAUACGCGUUGUUGGUUGA